GUGACGGGCUGCUAGGCGCUGCUAAGGCCGCGUUAGCACGGACCUGGUUAUUAGCUGCGGAUUAGAGGUCGAUUUUUUUUCUCCUCCUCAGCCGAAUUACAGACCUGCCCUCUCCCACCCCCUUCACCCCGCCCCUCCCCCUCCCCCCCCUUUUUUUUUUUUUAAAAAACCUCAGAUCGUGAGCGAUGGCUCAGGAGACGAAUCAGACGCAGGUGCCGAUGCUUUGCACCAUGGGAUGCGGCUUCUACGGAAACCCCCGUACCAACGGCAUGUGCUCGGUCUGCUAUAAGGAGCACCUGCAGCGGCAGCAAGCGGGCGGGCGGAGCAGCCCACCUGGCGAUAAAGCUGCUACCUCGCCAUCAGGGUCUCCAGGAGCCCCCGCUGUAACCGUGGAGACGGACCCUGACCCCGUCUCGGAAACGGUAGCUCCUUCAGAGGAGACCAGCAGCUCGUCCAGUCCAGUCACUCAGCAGAUGACGGCCAUGAGCAUCUCCCAGGACACUGCAGCCACCGACUCGGACCGAGCGGACGCCGAGGAGGAAGAGGAAGAUGAAGCAUCGUCCAAAAGCACGGGUCCAGCCGCAGAGGCAGCGCAGACCUCCUCAGACGGAGAUCAGACCCCCGACAAGAGCAAGAAGAAGAACCGAUGCUUCACCUGCAGAAAAAAAGUCGGACUCACAGAGAGAAAAAAAGACAGGCUGGUGAGCGGCUCUAAUGCUUCGACUGUCGCUGUGGUAACCUGUUCUGCGCGAUCCACCGCUACUCGGAUAAACACGACUGUCCGUACGAUUACAGAGGAGCGGCGGCCGCUCAGAUCCGCAAAGAGAACCCCAUCGUGGUGGCAGAGAAGAUCCAGAAGUUAUGAGGACUGAUGAUUAAAAAAACAAAAAAACAAAAAAAAAACAAAAAAAACAGAAAUGUGUUUGACCUGCAGGUUUUAUCAGAACAAUGCCGAUUUGUGAUACGGCUCCAUUUCUCCGUGGUAGGAAGAAGCGCUGCACACGUCUGCCCUGAAACCCCACGUCUUCCCCGACUCUCUCUUAGAGUGGCAUAACAGUGUGUGUGUGUGUGUGUGUGUGUGUGUGUGUGUGUGUGUGUGUGUGUGUGUGGUCGAGAGUCAGGGGCAGCACUCGGGGGUCUGGUGGGCAUUUUUGGUUUGUUUUUUUGGGAGGGAGGACGUUUACGUUUACGUUUUUUCGGGAUUUGGGAUUAAUUGGUGUGAUCUCUGAGAAAAGGGAGCAGGAGGUUUAUGGGACGGAGAUUUCAUCCCUUAUUUUAGUCCUUUUAUGAUUUCUUUUUUUUUCUCUUCUGACAUGUUGUUGAUUUAUCAGUUUCCAGAGCUUCUCUUUCACUUCGAGUGAGUGCGUGUGUGAGUGAACGAGUGACAGAUUUGUUUCUUUUCCGCUUUUUCCCCGUUCCUGCUUUAAUGAGCGUAUGAAAGCGUUAUCAGAGGAUCUAUAUUAAUAUAUUGUAGUUAGCUCGAAUUGUGUGAUUGCGUCCUAUUUAUUAUUAUUAUUAUUAUUAUUAUUAUUAUUAUUAUUUUUAAAAUUUUCAUUUGCUCGAGUUGUGCUGGAAGCAUGUAGCGGGAGGGAAAAAAACCCAGCUUUGUCCUUAAUCUUUCGAUUAUUUGAUGCGGCUGAGCCACAGACAAGAGACUAUCCAUCGAAUCGAAGCACAACAUGAUUGCGAUGAUCCGAGCACAAACACGGGAGGAAAGUAAAUCGGAGAGUAAAUCGAAUCUUGGACGCCUUCGCUCCGGAGCAAAUAUUAUUUCUUUUGUCGACCACAAAUAUUCCUGACCACCAGCAGACCAGCGAAUGCCGGACACAUGGAAACGCCGUCCGUUAUCUGUGCUUUCUUCAGCUACAUGAGCACGCCGUGCUUUGAUGAUGUCACACAGGAAGUCGUCACUGCUUCCAGGAAGACAGACGGGACUUGCAUUCCUGUACGGUGAUUAGCACCGACACUAGAACCAGGCUAAACGUUUCGGCAUUUUACAGCGCUACCCGCGGCGCAGCGCGUGGCCGAACCGCGGAUUCGUCCUCAUUCACAGGCGCCGUUUAUACGAUACAUCACAGCGCGCAAUAUUGUUCUUAUUUUCCGAACAUCAUGAUGUGAUAAUAUCGUAAAACCACAAUUUAAAUCUAUCUUUUUUUUUUUUUUUUCUUUUCCCCAGGCAUAUGUAUAUACCACAUGGCUACUUAUCCAUAUAGUUAUAAUCCAGUGUAGAACGUGACGAGGUUAGUGCGCAGGCGAGGGUGAGAUAAUACUUAAUUAAACUACGUGUAUGUUCUCAAUCGUAUGUAUCCAGUGCUAAUCUGCUGCUCGUACCCAAGCAGACAAAUGAAGGACGAGUGUGUGUCGGGGUGGGGAGGCUUUUUAUUUAGUCAAAAGGGCUGAAGUGAGUGGGCGUGGUCAAGAGGGGUGGGGGGAGGAGUUUGGGGCGGGGUUGGGUUGCAUUGUUUCUACAGUAUUCGUCUUUUAACAUCGUCGUAAAGUUUUGAGGUCCGCUCGUUUUUCUUUUUCUUUUUUUUUUUUUUGCAUCGCUCAUCUAAAACCAUACAUUUCAGAAUCUGAUGGUUUGUAGGGGUGUGUGUGUGUGUGUGUGUGUGUGUUUUUUGUUUUAAAGACUUUUAACGUUUUCAUUUGUUUUUUUAAAACUAAUCAAAGGCACAAAGAGAGAAGGUUUGACCCAAAUAAAACGACCUGGUUUGCAUAGAUAUGGAAAUAACUUUAGUGCACCUACGCACUUCUUCCUCUCUUUACGUAUCUAUUCGCUCCUGUUUUGGGACGAUUCAUUUCUAAAUUCUUCGUCCGAACUGCUCGAGGGCCGUCCACAUGCCUCGAGCUUUCAUCAGCUUCCAGAAGAGUAGGAGGAUCACAGCUGUCCAUCAGAUGAGGGGGCGGGGCAGUAAGCAGCAACGCGUGAUUCGUGAGGGAGGGAGGAAGGUGCACGUUUUAUUGUUGACUGAUCAAAUAAAAUGGCAGCAACGCAAGAUUAUAGAGAAUCGCAUUAACUAAUAGAGAACUUUAAAAUUAAAAUUUGACUCAAGGGGUUUGAAUUUUGAAGUUAAGUAAACGCUUAAGACUCAGACUCAUCCCAUCCUUACCAUUUAACCUUUUAACAGAUAAACAGAUUUUAAAAAUGUAGUUAGUGUUCAAGUUACAUUUAUUCUGUUGUUCAAAUGGAAGCAUGACUCGGUCUUCGACUUAACCUUUAUUUCGAUGAAUAAUGUGCAAUGCAUUGCAUAAGUAUUCACCCCCUUGACCUUUUUCACGUUUUGUACUGCUACAACCUGGAACUGAAAUGGCCUUAACUGGGAUCAUGUCAUCAAUCUUUACAAAAUAGCCCAUAAUAUAGAACGGCAGGGAAUAUCUAUAUAGUUCAUAAAAUUAUUUACAAAUAAAACACAAAGGUGAAGCACCGGAGUAUGGAAAACCCCUAAAUUAGUUCCGGUGCAGCCAGUCGCCAUCAGAAGUCGCAUCUACAAUAUCUCAGGAUCUCUAGAGUGUGUUAGAGAACAUACCAAAACACAGCAUCAUGAAAACCAAGCAGCAAUCAAAAGAAAUCCAGGACAGAGUUCUGGAAAAGUGUCAAGCAACGUUUGAUUAUAAAAAAAUAUCCCAGACAUCCUGCAGAGUGACAUUAAAGCCAUUAUUUAAAAAAUAAAUGGAAAGAAUAUGGCACAACUGCAGCUCUGCCUCGAGGAUGAGAACGUCCACCGAAAGCCAGUGAAAAGAGGGAUAAAAAAGAGAUUAGUCAGAGAAGCAACCAAGAGACCGAGGGGAACGCCGAACAUGAUGCUGCCACCACCAUGCUUCACAGUAGGGAUGGCUUUCUCAGGGUGAUGAGCGAUGUUGUUUUAGUGCCAAGGCUGAAAAAUUCACCUUUGGUCUUAUCAGACUAGAGAACUUUUGUUAAGUCUCCAAUAUUCUGAUUUUUUUUUCCUUUUCUUAUUUUUUCUUCUCAUCACUUUUCCAUAAAGUCCAGCUUUGUGAUUAUCCUUCUCCCCUCUGAGCUGUGGCUCUCUCCAUCCCCUUGGUCUCUCUUCACCCGCUCACUGGCUGUCAGUGGAUCUGGUUUGGUAGCUCCUUCAUGGCCAGGUCUUCACGCUGCUGUGCGAUUAGGUAUGUUCUCCAGCAAACUCUGGGUUCUUCCAGGAACAGGUGUAUUUAUAUUGAGAUAUUAUAUACUUUAAUUACACACAGAUCAACUCUUUUUAACUAAAUGUGUGUAGUUAAAGUGUAUAAUAUCUCAAUAUAAAUACACCUGUUCCUGGAAGAACCCAGAGUGUGUUAGAGAUAUUAUACACUUUAAUUACACACACAGAUCAACUCUUUUUAACUAAAUGUGUGACUUCCGAACUAAUUUAAGAGGCUUCAGUACUCCAAUACGUCACCUUUGUUUUUUAUUAGUGAAUAAUUUUGCUAAACUAUAUAGAUUUUUUCCCUCCACUUGCAUAUUAUGCACAAUUUUGUGCAGAUUCAUGACACCUAAUCCUAAUCUAAGUCCACUUCAGUUCCAGGAUGUAAUGAUACUAAAUGUGGAAAUGGUUAAAAGGGGGUGAAUACUUAUGCACUGUAUGUAUAACAUUACUAGGUGUGUUUCUACCACAAGCAGCUUUAAGUGCUAGGAGGAUUUAGGUGGGAUUAGUUGUACUAAUCAUCACUGAUUUGAUCAAACACAAGCUUCACGGCUGUUGUUAUAAAUCUGUUCAGCUUAAACAGAAUUACUAAAGCUUGUUUUAUAUCAGUUUCGAGCACAGAGUUACAUUUAGAGAUUAAUUAGUGAGCUCAUUUGCAUAUUACAGCGUAUGAUCCGUAUAUCAGUAGGAUGCUUGAAGUUUUUUGGUGACGACGAUUAAGCGAACGAUGCAUCAUGCAGCGCUAGUAUUUUCACCGGAGAUUAUUUAAAAAUUAAAACAGGAAAUAAGGAAAUGACUAAAUUGAAUGUAACUGAUCAGUUGUGUUUUUCUGUUUCUUUUUUCUUUUUUUAAAUUGACGCAUCACCGUCGUGCACCUCCAUUCAUAAAAAAGCAUCUUCUGUAAUGACUCCGUGUGUUGUAUUUUGUGGAACCGUACGUUAUUCUGUCGAUCUGACCCGUGUGUGUUGAUCGUAAACGUUUGUAACACGACAUCGAAACUGCAGGAUACCUCAGAAAUGCACGUGACGAGAGCAGAUUGAGCGGUUUUGUACAUUAAAAAGAAGUCCAGCUGCAGUUUUUGUGUUCGUUUAAAUCGUUUGUCCCGGUUUUGUUUUGUUUUUUUCCAGUCUGCUGUGAUGCACCAUUCUACAGACACACCACCGAUUUUUAUUAGAUUUUUUUUUUCAGAUUUUUUUUUUUUGAUGUGUAAGAAUAAGUAUAAACACAAUAAAAUCAAAGUUUAUUUUAAAAUUA